AUGACGAAACCCCGUCGUGGUGUUCGCUUCCCCAGCCGAGGUGUCAAUGGCCACGUCUCCUCCGACGGCAGAAGGUCAAGCUUCAGCGAAAUAAGCGAGGAUGGAUCAGGUUCGCCUGUCAAAACUAAAAGCUCGCCGCAUCUAGAUGAUAUCAACGAAAAAGCGCCUGGGCAGUCUGACUACGAAAAGAAAAAGGCCAAUUUCCUCACGCGAACCUUCUGGACAUUCGUCAUGAUAGGGGGCUUCUUCGCAGCUCUCUUCUCGGGCCAUAUCUAUAUUAUCGCCUGCAUUACUGCUGUACAGAUCGUCUCUUUCAAGGAAGUGAUUGCGAUUGCUAGUGUCCCCAGUCGAGCUCGACAGCUACGUCCUACCAAGAGUUUGAAUUGGUAUUGGCUUGCUACUACCAUGUAUUUCCUCUACGGAGAAACUGUCAUCUACUACUUCAAGCAUAUCGUAUUAGUCGACAGGGUUUUGCUCCCCCUAGCUACGCAUCAUCGCUUCAUCAGCUUCGUCUUAUAUGUCAUCGGUUUCGUCUUCUUCGUCGCCAACCUCAAGGCUGGCCAUCUGAAGUUUCAGUUUACUAAUUUUGCUUGGACGCACAUGGCGCUAUACUUGAUCGUCGUGCAGGCCCAUUUCGUCAUGAAUAACGUCUUCGAGGGCAUGAUCUGGUUCUUCUUACCCGCGGCUCUCGUCAUCACUAACGAUAUAUUUGCCUACAUCUGCGGUAUCACUUUUGGUCGGACGCAGCUGAUAAAGCUUUCUCCUAAGAAAACGGUGGAGGGCUUUAUUGGCGCCUGGAUCAUGACCAUCGUCUGGGCUGUUUUCUUGACGAAUAUACUGAUGCGCUCCAAGUACUUUAUCUGCCCCGUCAACGACCUCGGAGCCACUGUCUUCACCGGUCUCGAGUGUGAUCCGAACCCUGUGUUUCUUCCGCACACGUACACGUUGCCCAAUCUAUACUUCCUUCCGGAAGGAACUAACUUUUCUUUCACUACCGAGCCCAUGCAAUUCCAUGCUAUCCUCUUGGCGACUUUUGCGUCCUUGAUCGCACCUUUUGGCGGAUUUUUUGCUUCGGGACUCAAGCGUACUUUCAAGAUCAAGGACUUUGGCGACUCUAUCCCCGGUCACGGUGGCAUGACCGACAGGAUGGACUGUCAGUUUAUUAUGGGGUUUUUCGCUUUCAUCUACUACCAAACUUUUAUCGCACAGCACAAAGUCAACGUUGGAAACGUCAUGGAGUUGGCCAUUACUGGAUUGGGGCCGGAGGAGCAGAUAGAAUUGAUUAAGGGGGUGAGCAGAUAUCUUGUAAACCAAGGAGUUUGGGGUCCUGAAGUGAGUAUUUGCCUAUCCCCAACCUCUUGA